AUGUCCGACGCACUUUUUCAAAAUUCAUUUUACAUCAGCAACGCCUUCAAUUCCAUUCUAUACGGCGUGGAGUUGGUGCUAUAUUUCAACACUAUUCAAGCAUACCUCGAAAAAAGAUUAGAGCACAGGUCCUCCGACAAAUUCUACAUGAUAUUCAGCUCUAUAUUACUCUUUCUCAUCACAAUUUUUGUUGCCACGCAAUCAGUACUGGGACAGGAGAUGUGGGUUAUCAAUGCAGGCUAUCCUGGUGGGGCGGCUGCAUACUUUGCUGCCUACGUUUCGGCGUGGUAUCAGACGAUGGGUUCGGUUGCGUCUAUUCUGCUGCAGUUGAUGAGUGAUGGCCUACUCAUUCAUCGAUGUUUCACGGUUUGGUGCGGAAGUUACCGCGUAAUUAUCGUUCCCUGUUGCCUCUGGACAGCGUCCCUUGUGUUCGGUAUUCUCGUACUCAUCACGAGUGGGUCCCCGAAUGGUGAUUUUUAUGAGGGGCUGGCUGCACGCGUUGGAUUGGUGUAUUUUUCCUUGACAAUUGGCCUCAAUGUCGCCACUACAUGUCUUAUCUGUGGCCGCAUAAUGUUUCAUGCAAUGCGCAUGCGAGACCACCUCGGCCCUGAAGUUUCGAAGACUUACUUCACUGCAGUAGCCAUGGUUGUCGAGUCUGCACUGCCAUACACAUUAUUCGGGAUCGCAUUUCUCGUGUCAUUCGGCCUUGACAGCGAUACCUCGAUUCUCUUCCUCACGUUUUAUGGCAUGUUUACCUGCAUUUCACCACAAAUGUUAAUUCUUCGCGUUGUGAGACGAAGGGCAUGGUGUAUCGAAACAGUACAGCCAACGACUCUGGUAUUCGCCACCCGCUCAGCUGCAGCGCCUCAUAUCAUUUCUGAGACCGAGAUUGGUGGCCCAGUGAUUUAGUCCUGUAGGAAGUCCGCUGAGCAUUAGUUACUCUCGGAACUACUGGAACUGUUUCGGUAACUACUGCUGUUCUUUCUAUCUUAGCCGAUCAAUAUUAUUGUUGAUUUACCAAUGAGAAGUCUUCGAUCUCAAAUAGAUGGGACCUAUGUGGUAUAUGGAUGUUGGUCCUAGUACUCCUGUGGUCUAUGACAGUGGGAGUACCGCGCCAACAAUAGUACUUUGAUCGCAGACAGAUAUUAUAAUAAUAAAGUGAAGGCAUUGCUUGGUGCUCGGCCCCCUUCGAAAAUCU